ACAGCGAAGACAUGAACUGUUCUGUUUCGUCUGAAUCGAAGUUGCACACAUUUUGCUCUGAUCUCACGGAGACGACGACGGAAGAAUGCAGUUCUUCGGUGGAUCCGAGAUAAAUCCGUCGCCACAGGUUCCAACGGCGAGUGGAAACAACGCUUACAAGCUUAGCUUCAUGGAGACUCCCUCUGGUAUUAAGAUUGUCUUGGUAACUCAUCCAAAGACUGGAGAUUUACGCGAGUCCCUAAAGUACAUCUACGGUUUAUACGUUGAAUACGUGGUGAAAAAUCCUAUCUACAACCCAGGAUCUCCAAUCAAGUCAGAGUUGUUCAACACUGCACUUGACCAAUAUGUGAGGAGUAUCUCAUAGUGUUGUGCAUUACAAGAUUUGGCAAUUGGAACUUCUCACAGAACUUUUGUCUUGAACAAAUUCUAUGGAGAAGAGAGACUUGUAGUAGAAAGAUCAAUCUCGUGUCAAGCCUGUUUUUCUCUGCGAAUAUUUUUCGCUUACCCUUUUUAACAUAGUGUGGUGAGAAGCUACUGCAUUCAUUGGAUUGUUAUCAAAAUGAAAAUGAUUUAUUCGAUCCCA